AUGUCAUUAAAUUUGGUUUGUCUUGGAGCUUUCAUUGCGAAGUAUAUAUACUUACGACAACUUGAAUUUCAAAUUCCGUUGAACAAGCUUGAAUACGCUUAUCUGGGAUUGAUAAUGGGAACCCUUCUAAAGGAUGUCACGUUCACUUGCGCGAUGCUCAGGGGAUCCAUGAACGUUUUGCAUCCGAGAAAACAAAUCAUAAUACAUAGUCUUUUAUUGAUAGUUUGGAUGGUUAUUACAGGUUUAUACACAAAGUUUGAAUUAAAUCAAAAGCUUCCGUUGAUGUGCCCAUCAGAUUUCGAUUAUGAAAAACCAGAAUUCAUGACAGCUUGCAAGUUUCGUCGAUUAAGCAUGAUCAUGAUGUGGUCGUACGCAGGAGCAUUCGGAUUAUCAGUAUUAAGUGUGUGGAUAUGUUUUAAAAAUAUGUCGGAAGAUUAUGAUGAACCGAAUUCAUCAUCACCACCAAGGACGACGACGGAUGAGGAGAAAUUUCAAUUCGCCCCCAAACUUUCAAAGAAUAAUUUCAUUUCUCCAAUUUCAUCGUAA